CAUGCAGGGGCCCCAUCCGGGUAAAAAAGUGAGUCCUGUAUUCAGGGCUGUGAUGGUGGUAGUGCCUGGUGUAAUCUUGACCUGAACCACUGUGCAACUUGGGUUCAACCUCAGAAAGACCCAAAAGUCAUGGGACAUGAGAACUUAAAAAUUACAGUUCUUGCUUAAACUUUAUUUGAAAAUCAUGAUUUCACUUAACCCACAGGAUUUAGGUUUGUGAAAACUGUCACAGGUCAGUUAGGCAAGAUGAUCCUGAAAUAACAAGCCUACCUCAAAACCAAACCACAACUUUUUGGUUCUUCUCUGGGUUACCAGCAAUACAUUCUUUUUUAGGAAUGUUCUCAAAGAUACAGAUAUCUGUUCUCACACGGAUACGUGUGAAGGAGUGAGAAGUGGCUGUCCUCCAGCUGCUGGCCGGGCUGGCACUGUGUGUGUGUUUGUUGGUGUCUUCUGGUGGACAUAAGCUCUAUUAUCUUGGGUGAUUACCUGGGGUGGGGAAUUGCUUGGUCACAGGAUAUUCACACGUUUAGAUAUUGUAAAUACUGCCAGUUUGCCUAUAUGGUUUUAAUCUGUUGUGUAAGGUGUGAGGGUUCCAGCUGCUACACCCUCUACAAACUUCGUACUGUCAGUCCUUUUAAUUUUAGCCAUUUUUGGUGGAAAUGGUGAUGAGUUGCACUUGAUGUGAAAUGGCAUGACAGUGUCACGAGUGGUGAGGGCCAGUGCUUCUGUGGCGGCUGGGGGGCAUAAACCUGUCUUCUGUGUUACCACGAUAUUCCAGUGGGCUCAGGAGAAUAGAGAUGACAAGGAAUCCCAAGGGCCCUCCAAGGUUGGCAGAGAUGAGAGAGCCAUAAAUAAAAUACUAGGCUAAUGGUGAGAUUCCUUGAUAAAUUUUGUCAUUAGCUAUUAAGAGACCAGCGCUGACAUUAUUUAUACAGAUACACAGGUAAGGGGUGGUGUCCAAAAUAAUUAGCAGCUAAAAGACAGAAUAAAAUAAAUAAUUAGUAGCUAAUAUAAUGGGGGUGCUGCCCAAUCAGCAUGGGUGCUAGCUAGGAGAGCCUGCAGGGUGGGAACUGGCUGGAAGCUCAGCCCUGUUCAUAGGUCAUGAACUUACCAGUUCAAUAAAAGAGCCAUGAAACCCGAGUAGUGCCUGGGAAAUCCUGUUUGUCCAUGGUUAGGUGGCAGCACAUGGAAAUGUGGCCCACCAGGGCUACCGUUGCUUAUGAAGGUUUGAUCAAGUAUUAGUAUUAAUUGAGAAUAUUAAAUUCAGCAAAAAAAAGGGAGUUCUUUAGUGGUCUAGAGGUUAGGAUUCCAGCCUUUCACUGCUGGGGCUGGGAUUCAAUCCCUGGUCAGGGAACUGAAAUCUCACACGCUGAGGUGUGGCCAAAAAGAAAAAAAAAGUUAGCAAACACUCUAAAGUUUGUUUCCAAGAGAUACUAAAAUCAGUUGUUCUGAAUUCCACGGCCUUCGAACCUUCGGUUGCUUCAGAAACACACGUUCUCAAAAAUCACAAUUUGAGUCCGAUUCAGCCAGUGUCAGGCAAGGCGCCCAGUUAAAUUUCAGCGUCAGAAAAGCAAUGAAAGAAUUAAAAUACAAAUACGUCCCAGGUCCUGCGUGGUACACGUUCCUACCGAGAUGCUCCGCGGUUCUCGAAUGGGCCCUGGGGCCGCGUCGCGCACCUCUUUCUCUCCUUCCAGGGAACAGAUACCCCGUCUACUGUGCCCUGCAGCCCCGCAGGCCCGUCUGCAGGAAACGGAAAAGAAGCACAUUUCCAGCCUUUGGGAAAGAAGUGUGUUGCAUCGAUCAUUCGAUGUGCCCUGUCCCCAGCACUUUUCAUCGAGAGCCCAUCUGCUGUGAGUGCUUGGCCAAAUUUGGGGGACACCUGCCAGUGCCCAGGGCUAAGGCAGAACUGCCUUACUGGGUCCCUCUCUCCUUGAGACCCCAAAAUCAGAUCCAAAAGAUGGUCCGGUCUUAUAUUCCCAAAACCACCAAGGCGUGCCUCUGCCCAUGCCACCGCUUUGAGGGCCACCUCCCGAUGCCUAGGGAUCAGGCCGUGAUGCCCUACUGGGUGCCCCAGGUCCUGAGGUCUUACAAGAAGGUGGUGAAAAGGCAGCAGAGUUUUAAAGGCAUCGCAGCUCCUCUGGAUGUGCGCUCCGGGUACAACCGCUGGCGGAUCUGUGGCGAAGGGCACCAUCUCCUCAAGUGGCAGCAGCUCCAGGCUCUUCACCAGGCUGGGCCAGUGGCCUCGGGGCGGCCAGAAGCCCCCUCAGCCCCCCUCCUGCCCCUCAACCUCAGCCUCCUGACACUCCUCCAUGCUCUGCUGAGGGUCAUGGAGGCCAUCCGCCAGCUUUUUUGGGUAUGAAGUUGGAAUCAACGGCAACUGUCAAGAACAUCAACAAAAAUGUCCAUCCUCCUCAAGGUCUUAAACCAAAGCCAUCAAAUCAGGGAGAGUCUGUAAUAGUCACUGUUCUCUCAGUCAAUGCAAGUUAUUUAUCAUCAGGUGAUUUUUAGUUGUAGUGGAGUUGCCGUGAAUGUGGGUGAGAUUCCAUUAUGAAUAUGAUCAAUAAAUGUUAUUUGUGAAACUCUUAAA